AUGAGUAGUAAUAAUGAUAGUACAGACGCUGAUCCUGAAUGCACAGAAGUCCUAGAAGAUAGCUCUAAAAGCAUUCUUAUGGGGAUCAUCAGCCAACUUAGUAAAAAUAUGGAUUUAAGCAAAGUCACUCUACCAACCUUUGUUUUGGAACCACGGUCAAUGCUAGAAAGAGUGACAGAUUUCAUGAGUCAUCCUACCUUACUAUUGGAAGCUAGCACAAAGACAGAUUCAUUAGCAAGGUUUUUAGAUGUAGUCAAGUACUUCCUUUCAGGAUGGCAUAUUAAACCUAAGGGAGUUAAAAAACCUUAUAACCCUGUCUUGGGCGAGGUUUUUAAAUGCAAAUAUACGUAUGACGAUGGUUCAGAAGCUAUUUAUGUCGCAGAACAAGUCUCACAUCAUCCGCCUAUCUCAGCUUUUUAUUACGGUAGUCCUGAAAAUGGAGUAUAUAUACAUGGUGAUCUUCGACCAAAAUCCCGCUUUCUUGGAAAUAGUGCUGCAACUCUAAUGGAAGGAGAAAAUCAUAUUGUAUUCACACAUUUGCAUAAUGAACAGUAUGAUAUCACAAUGCCGAAUGUGUACGCACGUGGAAUAUUAUUUGGGAAGAUGGUAAUGGAAUUAGGUGACAGUUGCGUAGGUUUCUUUUCAGGGCAGUAUAAUUCAGUUUGUGGUAAAGUCAAAAAAGAAUCUACAGGGGAGAUCCUGUAUGAGAUUUCAGGCCAAUGGUCUAAUGAGAUAUUCAUAAAGAUGGCAAAGGCUUCAAACAAAACAUUGUUUUUCGAUGUGAAAACAGCGAACAUUCAUCCAAAAACUGUUCACGAUAUUGCUGAUCAGGACCCUAUGGAGUCCAGAAGACUAUGGUCAAAAGUUACUGAUGCUAUACUAAGAAAUGAUAUGGAUACAGCUACUGCAGAAAAGACUGCGAUAGAAAAUAAGCAAAGAGAGGCAGUUAAGCAGAGAGAAGCAGAAAGAAAACAAUUUAAGCCAAGAUUCUUUAAUGUCAUAAAUGAGGAUGACUUUGUGUUUAAGGGAUUACAAACGUAA